AUGGUUCUAAUUAACGGAAUCAAAUAUGCAUGUGAACGAUGCAUCCGAGGUCAUCGAGUAACCACAUGUACUCACACUGAUCAACCAUUAACUAUGAUCAAACCAAAGGGAAGACCUGCUACACAAUGUCAACAUUGUCGAGAUCAAAGAAAAAUGAAAAACUUGCAUACUACUUGCACUUGUGGUAAAAAGGGGAAAAGUCCAGGUACUCAUUUAGCAUCAUGUUUAUGUCAUAAAAAUGCCCAUUGUACUUGUAGCAAUAAACCACCAACUACCAAAACCAGUACAACUAAUGGGAAUAUACAUCAUAUGUCAGCAUCAGAACGAGCUAAGAAGAAAUCAUUAAUAGAUGCCGCUAAUGCAGAUAUCAAGAAAAAAUCAACUUCGCCGUCAACAACAGCAUCUAUAAAAUCACAACAACUGUCUCCAUAUCCUUCCAUUUCUAAUAAUUUUGUUAUUGAAGAUAUAGUUCUUCCUUUUGAGACAGGUAAUGGAUUAUUUGACUUAUUUUCCAAUUCAGGAGCUCAUUCUGAUGGUGAUUUUGGAAGUGGUUCUCAAGCAUCAACUCCGGCAUCAAAUAUAAAUAACCCUAACCUUGAAGCGGCAAAUUCAACCAACACCACUAACCCCAACCUACAAGGUUUUGACAAAGAGCCAAUAAUAAACAAUCCUAGUAGAGACAUCCGAUUUAAUGAGGGCUCGGCAGUUAAUCCUAAUAGCAACAAGCGUGCUGACAUUAUUUUCAAUAAUAGCGCCAACAAUAACAACUUUCCUGGUGAGAACAAUAAUAACAAUAACAUAGACAACCAAAGUAUAACUAGUCAUCUAAGUCCCACCGACAUGGAUUUGGUAGAUAAUAUGUUUCCAUUAUUUCCAUUAGUGGGGAGUCAAAGUUUUGAUACUGAAAAUCAACCACUUCUGUUAUUACCACCAACUGGAUCCGACAGGCUGCAACCUAUACCAACACCUACACAAACAAAAGCAACACAACAUCCGAGGCCUAUAAGACCAUCAGUCAACACCCAAACAGCCAAUCCAAUUAUCCCAUCAUCAUCCGUCAAUUCAAUGAAUAGCGUCAACACCGCAAAUACUUCCAACUAUACAUCUACAUUUCAAGCAACCAAACUAAAAAGACCAGAAAGUGUCUUAUCUAUCGCAUCCAAUUCUUCUUCAAGAUCAUUUGACGUCAUCGGUCAAGGUUAUGCCAACCAUAGUUCAUCCUUCAUAAGUGGUGGCGGCGGUUUUCAAACCUCAAGUGCAUAUCCUCCUUCCAACCCAUUUCAUGAUUCUACUCAACCACAAAGUGCAACUAGUGAGGAAAAUCCCCAUACACAUCAUUUCGGCCGGACUGGAUUGGGGUCAAGUAAUAUCGGAACACAAUUGAGUAAGAUUGAAUCGGAAUUAUAUACGGAAAGUUUCUUUGAUGAGGCGAUUGAGAAUAAUAAUGGACAACAACAACUUUCGGCCUCAUCGUCGAUUCCUAAUUUUUAUAGUGUUGGAACUGGAGGGGGCGGUGAAGGGUCUGUGACGGGUGGGAUUGGUGGUAGUAAUGGUGGUGGUGGGAAUAGCAACAAUGCGGUGAAUGGAUCGGUUAGUGAUUUGACAUAUCAUAAUCAGAAUGGAUCUAUGUCGGAUCUUACAUUUGAUAAAAAUAUUCCAAAUCCUUUGGAUUAUGAUAUUCCAUUAUAUCAAGAAAUGUUUACUCCACUUACGUCAAAUAAAGCUUCUCAUCCGUUUUAUCAAGCACAACCAGAUCAACAAUCACAACAACAACAACAACAGCAACAACAAAUGAAUCAGAAUGAUUUUUCAGAAGAUGAGAAUUAUCGAGAGAGCAAUCAUCACAAUUAA